AUGGAUGCCUUCGUGACGAGGAAGAAACGGAAGUCGCGCCCAGAUUCAGAAUCAUCCGCUACGCCCGGCAAUGAUGCGCAUGAGGACUCGACCGACAUGAAGCUGGCCAUCUUGUCGUCGCUUCACCCGCAUUCUGACCAGGAGACGCUCCUCGACAUUCUGCUUGCCCACGAUGGCGACGUGGGGGCGACCUCGCAGGCCUUGAAGACGCCUCUGCUGCCGAAGAAGACGGGUGGUAGCAGUACGGUCGCUGCACAAUCUUCGCUGCGGUCCUUCGGCCUCGCUUCGCCGAGCUCCGGCUCGUCCCCCUCCUCCAAGCGGGCCAAGUUGCUGUCUCGAAAAGGGGCGACGCUGCACCUCUACGAUCCUAUCGAUAUCAGCGAGCAUACGCCUUGCACCAUCAUCCACAACUUCCUGCCUGCUGAGCAAGCGGACUCCCUCUUGUUGGAGCUACUGGAGGAGUCCAAAACGUUCGAGAAGAUUACCUUCAAGCUCUUUGACAAUGUGGUCUCGAGUCCGCACACCUCCGGUUUCUAUGUGGGCAGCUACAAGGAGCUGCAGGAGCAGAAGCAUGAGUAUAUAUACAACGGCAUGAAGUUGACGGAUGUCAGAACGCUCACGCCGCAGCUGGAGCGAGUCAGGGCGCGCGUUCAGGAAGCGGUCAACAAGGAGAUUCAAGAUCGCAUCCGCACCCACUACGGCGGCAAGAAGCUCCGAUACCAAUCUCCCGAACCGUGGACGCCCAACGCAGCCUUUGUCAACUGCUACAACGGCCCGCAGGAGAACGUCGGUUGGCACAGCGACCGACUCACCUACCUCGGCCCGCGCGCCGUCAUCGGCUCCCUAUCGCUCGGGGUGACGCGCGAGUUCCGUGUGCGCCGCAUCGUCCCAGACGACGAACCAGACAAACCUAACAAGCCCGAUCUAGCGGGUCAGAUCGCCAUCCACCUGCCGCACAACUCCCUCCUGGUCAUGCAUGCCGACAUGCAGGAGGAGUGGAAGCACAGCGUGAGCCCUGCGCUGGCCAUUGAUCCGCACCCGGUGGCCGGGUCGAGGCGUAUCAAUAUCACGUACCGGCACUACCGGGCGGGCUUCCACCCGCGGAACACGCCGCGGUGCCCAUGCGGCGUGCCGGCCGUGCUGAGGGUGGUGACGAAGAAGAGGGAGAACUGGGGGCGGUAUUUCUGGAUGUGUUACGCAGGGAAUGUGCCCGGGAAGGAGGCGUGUGAGUUCUUCCGGUGGGCCGAGUUCGACGACGAUGGGAAUCCGGUGGGGAUGAAGCAGCAGGAUUGGGGACUGCGGGACGAGGCAAGGCCGGAUGCGGCAGAGCAGAAAAAGAUCGAAGUGACUGGGAAAUGA